CAAUCUUCUUCUUCUUCUUCAAUGCAAACAAUGCUCGAUUCCAAUAACCUAAUCGAAUAAUGGAACUCACUGAUUCUACAACCGAGCAACUCGGAGACACUAGGAGCGCCGCUCUCAAAGAAGAGAAUCGCUCCUUUCUCGGUAUCGAUCUCAACGAAAUCCCUACCGGCCCUACUCUCGGCGGUGGUUGCACCGGCGGUCAGGACGACGACGGCGAAUAUGAACCUGUUGAAGUUGUUAGGUCAAUUCACGAUAACCCGGACCCAGCGCCUGGAGCCCCUGCGGAGGUUCCUGAACCGGAUCGGGAUGCUUCGUGCGCCGCGUGUGGAAGACCAGAGUCUAUGGAGCUCGUUGUAGUCUGCGAUGCUUGUGAGCGAGGUUUUCAUCUGUCUUGUGUUAACGAUGGAGUGGAGGCGGCUCCUUCCGCCGAUUGGAUGUGCAGCGACUGUGUUACUGGCGGCGAGAGGAGCAAACUGUGGCCGCUGGGGGUGAAGUCCAAGCUCAUUCUGGAUAUGAACGCCUCGCCGCCCAGUGAUGCAGAGGGAUACGGAGGCGAGGAGACGUCUGAUUCGAGAAAGCAUAUGCUCGCCAGCAGCUCUUGCAUGGGAAACUCUUUUGAUCAUGCAAUGAUGCAUUCAAGCUUCUCAAGUCCUGGUAGAGGACUUGCUAGUCUCGAAGCUUCAGGGUUAAUAGCUCGUAAUACCAAAAUGAGUAUGGAUGCAUUGGGUUCACAUAAUCUAGGUUUUGGAUUCCCAUUAAGCCUGAACAAUAGUAGUUUGCCCAUGAGAUUUCCAUCCUUGGAUCCAAGUGAGUUGUUUCUGCAAAAUCUCAGGCAUUUCAUAUCUGAAAGGCAUGGAGUAUUGGAAGAUGGUUGGCGUGUCGAAUUUAAACAACCUUUAAAUGGUUAUCAGUUAUGUGCAGUGUAUUGUGCUCCGAAUGGAAAAACAUUUAGUUCAAUACAAGAUGUUGCUUGUUAUCUGGGCUUGGUAGUUAAUGGUAACUACAGCUGUAUGGAUGCUGAAAUCAGGAAUGAGAGUUCUCUUCUUCAAGAAAGAUUGCAUAUGCCCAAGAGAAGAAAGACAUCAAGAUGGCCAAACAAUGGUUUCCCUGAGCAAAAGGGUAGUUCAGUCAGUGCCCAACUCAGGCGUUUUCCAUUCAAUGGUCAGACAAUGUUUCCUUUUGCCGUUAAAUCUGGUACUCAUCUCCAGGCUGGUGAUUCUCUUAACUCUGGAAAUAAUGGAUGCGGUUGUGAGGAAGCUAAUAAUGGACUUCCGAUGCAGUAUGAAGAUUUCUUUGUUCUGUCGCUUGGACGAAUUGACAUAAGACAGUCUUACCAUAAUGUCAACGUAAUUUAUCCAAUAGGAUAUAAGUCCUGCUGGCAUGAUAAGAUCACGGGGUCUCUAUUUACAUGUGAAGUAUCUGAUGGCACUUCUGGUCCCGUUUUCAAGGUUACACGGUCACCAUGUUCUAAAUCAUUUAUUCCAGUUGGAUCAACUGUCUUCUCCUGCCCAAAGAUUGAUGAAAUGGUGGAACAGAACAUUGACAAACAAAGUGAUCGUAGAGACAGUACUCAAGAGCAUGAUGAUGACGCUAAUAUUGAGACCCUUCUUUCGGAUCACAGCCCACCUCUUGGAGAUGAUAUAUUGUCUUGUUUACGUGAGAAGAAUUUCUCCAAGACAUUCAAUUGCCUGCGCUCAGAGGUUGGUUCUUCUCAUGUAGAAUCUGAUAAAAUUUUAUCCUAUAAUCAGGACCAUGGGGUUGAAAUUGGUGAAAUUGUUGUGGAAGAAGAUUCAUUAUCUGCUGCAUGGAAUAAGGUGUCUCAAAAACUUGUUGAUGCAUGCUCCAUUGUAAUGAAGCAGAAGGGUACCAUGAAUUUCCUUUGCAAGCAUGUUGACAGAGAAACAAGGGAAAUCAACUGGGAUACCAUGAAUGAGAAAGACAAUGUAUUUUUAUCGUUGUCUAGAUUUUGCUGUUCUUUGGCUCCUCACAGUGUUACGUGUGGUGAAAAGGAUAAAAGUGAGAUUGCAACUCUAGUUGAUGCUUUGUCAAGGUGGCUGGAUCAAAACAGAUUUGGACUUGAUGCAGAUUUUGUACAGGAAAUGAUUGAACAUAUGCCUGGUGCCGAAUCAUGUACAAAUUAUAGGACUCUGAAGAGUAGAAGUUCUUCUUUUGUUCCUGUAACUGUAGCGGAAGGAGCGCUAGUUGUCAAACCAAAAGGUGGGGAAAAUGUCAAGGAAGAAUUUUUCGGUGAGAUUUCUCGGAAAUCCAAGAAGCCUAAACUAAAUGGAGAUUUUGGUGUCAGAAAUCUACACCCUCCUCCUGGGAGGCCAAUGUGUUUGAGGCUUCCUCCUGGGCUUGUUGGUGACUUCCUUCAGGUAUCUGAAGUGUUCUGGCGUUUCCAUGAAAUUUUGGGUUUUGAAGAGGCUUUCUCAUCUGAGAAGCUUGAACAGGAGCUUAUCAAUCCAGUGUUUGAUGGUUUGUUUCUUGAUAAACCUGGGAAAGAUGAUAAGAGAAGGGAGAUGAACUUUACUAAUAAGGAUUGUACAGCUACUGAAUUUUUUUCUUUGUUCGAUGAAUCUCGCCAACCUUUUCCUGCUAAAAAUACCUCUGCUUCUGUACUAAAGGAGACAAAGGCAGAGGAUUCUUCUGAUUUUGCGAUUUCAUAUUCCUCUCAUGGGCCGUGUGUGGGUGCACUUCUAACAAGGACUCACAUUUCGCUUCUGCAAGUGCUAAUAUGUGAGCUGCAAUCCAAGGUAGCUGCAUUUGUUGAUCCAAACUUUGAUUCUGGAGAGUCGAGAUCCAGACGAGGACGGAAAAAGGAUGACAGUACACUUUCUGCUAAAAGAAACAAGCUGCAUAUGCUUCCUGUUAAUGAGUUCACUUGGCCUGAAUUGGCCCGUAGGUACAUCUUGUCUCUUUUAUCAAUGGAUGGGAACCUCGAAUCAGCAGAGAUUUCUGCGCGUGAAAGUGGUAAGGUAUUCCGUUGCUUACAAGGGGAUGGUGGUUUGCUUUGCGGCUCGCUUACAGGAGUGGCUGGGAUGGAAGCAGAUUCAAUGUUACUUGCAGAGGCUAUUAAGAAAAUAUCUGGUUCUUUGACAAUCGAAAAUGAUGUCCUUUCUGUGGAAGAUGAUGAUUCCGACGGCCUUGAUGCUACUGAGACAAACACUUGCAAUGGUGAUAUUCCAGAGUGGGCACAGGUUCUAGAACCUGUGAAAAAGCUUCCAACAAAUGUUGGGACUAGAAUCAGAAAGUGUGUCUAUGAAGCUUUAGAGAGAAAUCCACCAGAGUGGGCAAAGAAGAUAUUGGAGCAUUCCAUCAGUAAAGAAGUAUAUAAAGGCAAUGCAUCAGGACCAACAAAGAAAGCUGUCCUCUCAUUGCUAGCGGAUGUUCGAGGUGGAGAUUUGGUGCAGCGGUCUGUUAAAGGAACCAAAAAGCGAACAUCUAUAGGUGUAUCCGAUGUCAUUAUGAAGAAAUGCCGUGCUGUAUUGCGUGGUGUUGCAGCCGCAGACGAAGAUAAAGUCUUUUGCACUUUGCUGGGGCGAAAGUUGCUGAAUUCCAGUGAUAAUGAUGAUGACGGGCUCCUGGGAACACCUGCAAUGGUUUCGCGUCCCUUAGACUUCAGAACUAUUGAUUUGAGGUUGGCUGCUGGUGCAUAUGACGGAUCAACUGAAGCUUUUCUUGAGGAUGUUCUUGAGCUGUGGAGUAGUAUACGUGUUAUGUAUGCAGAUCAGCCCGAUUAUGUGGAACUGGUUGCAACAUUGUCUGAAAAAUUCAAGUCGUUAUAUGAAGCUGAGGUUCUACCACUCGUUCAGAAACUUAUGGAGUACAGGAAAUUGGAAUGCCUAAGUGCAGAGAUGAAGAAAGAAAUUAAGGACAUAGUUGUUUCAGUAAAUAAGCUUCCCAAGGCCCCGUGGGAUGAGGGGGUAUGUAAAGUAUGUGGUGUUGACAAAGAUGAUGACAGUGUUCUCUUGUGUGAUACAUGCGAUGCUGAGUAUCACACAUAUUGUUUAAAUCCACCUCUUAUUAGAAUUCCUGAUGGAAAUUGGUAUUGUCCAUCUUGUGUCAUUGCCAAACGCAUGGCUCAAGAGGCUUUGGAAUCUUACAAACUAGUCAGGCGGCGGAAAGGUAGAAAGUAUCAGGGGCAACUCACCCGAACUUCUAUGGAAAUGACUGCUCACCUGGCAGAUGUGAUGGAAGAAAAGGACUACUGGGAGUUCAGUGCUGAGGAGAGAAUCUUGCUGCUCAAGCUUCUAUGCGAUGAACUGCUUAGUUCAUCUCUUGUCCAUCAACACCUUGAGCAGUGUGCCGAAGCAAUAAUUGAAAUGCAGCAGAAGUUACGCUCUCUUUCCUCAGAAUGGAAAAAUGCAAAAAUGCGCCAAGAAUUCCUGACGGCUAAACUCGCAAAGGUUGAACCGAGUAUUCUGAAGGAAGUGGGUGAACCACAUAAUUCAGGUCACUUUGCAGACCAAAUGGGAUGUGAUCAACGACCACAGGAGGGCGUUGGAGACGGAGUUACUCAUGAUGAUUCCUCUACUGCAUAUCUUAACAAGAAUCAAGGUAAAGCUCCGCUUGAAACCGAUUCUCAACCUGGAGAGUUUCAAGAUUCUCAACCUGGAGAGUCGCAUGUUAAUUUCGAGAGCAAAAUUUCCUCCCCAGAAACAAUUACAUCCCCUGGAAGGCAUGAGAAACCUAUAGCAGAUACCUCUCCUCAUGUUACGGAUAAUCCGUCUUUUGAAAAAGAUACCUCAGAGACCUUGCACAAGUCCGUUGGAAGGAAUCAUGAAACACAUUCACUAAAUUCCAAUGCAGUAGAAAUCCCGACAGCUCAUGAUGCAUCUUCUCAAGCUUCCCAAGAGUUGCAGGCUUGUCUACAAGAUUUGAAUGCCACUAGUCAUGAAAUUCACAAUCUGCAGCAAUCAAUUAGAAGCAUAGAAUCACAGCUUCUAAAGCAAUCUAUACGGAGAGACUUUCUGGGAAACGAUGCUAGUGGUCGUUUAUAUUGGGGUUGCUGCUUCCCAGACGAAAAUCCUCGUAUAUUGGUUGAUGGAAGCAUAUCUUUGCAGAAACCUGUUCAAGCCGAUUUGAUGGGUUCAAAAGUCCCCUCUCCGUUUCUCCAUGCCGUUGACCAUGGAAGACUAAGGCUUUCACCCUGGACUUAUUAUGAAACCGAAACCGAGAUCAGCGAGCUUGUCCAAUGGCUUCAUGAUGAUGAUCUGAAAGAAAGAGACCUGAGAGAGUCUAUUUUGUGCUGGAAAAGGUUACGAUUUGGGGACGUCCAAAAGGAAAAGAAACAAGCUCAGAAUUUAUCUGCUCCGAUAUUGGCUAGGGGUCUUGAGACCAAGGCUGCCAUGUCAAUGGAGAAGAAAUAUGGUCCAUGCAUCAAACUAGAGACGGAAACCUUAAAAAAACGGGGGAAGAAGACAAAGGUUUCAGAGCGAGAGAAAUUGUGUAGAUGCGAGUGCUUGGAAUCCAUUUUGCCAUCCAUGAUUCACUGCCUCAUAUGCCAUAAAACAUUCGCAAGUGAUGAUGAGUUUGAGGAGCACACUGAGAGUAAGUGUAUUCCUUAUUCAUUAGCAACUGAAGAAAGCAAGGAAAUCUCUGAUUCUUCAAAAGCAAAAGAAAGUCUGAAAUCUGAUUAUCUUAAUGUAAAGUCUAGCGCCGGCAAAGCUGUAGGUGAAAUAUCCAAUGUGUCUGAACUUGAUUCUGGGUUGAUAAGAUAUCAAGAAGAAGAAUCUAUUUCCCCAUACCAUUUUGAGGAGAUCUGCUCCAAGUUUGUGACAAAGGAUUCUAACAGAGAUUUGGUUAAAGAAAUUGGUCUGAUCGGUUCAAAUGGCAUUCCAACAUUUCUUCCAGCGUCAUCUACUCACCAUAACGACUCAGUGCUCAUCAAUGCCAAUCCCAAUAAGCUAGAUGGUGGUGAUUCAGGGGACCAGGUCAUUUUUGCUGGUCCUGAAACCAAUGUUGAAGGCUUAAAUUCUGAAUCUAACUUGUCAUUCGAUGGAUCUGUCACAGACAAUCAUGGCGGUCCACUGAAUAAACUGACCGGACUGGGUUUUGGCUUCUCAGAGCAAAAGAAUAAGAAAUCUUCAGGUAGUGGGCUGAAAAGCUGCUGUGUGGUUCCACAGGCUGCUUUGAAAAGAAUAACUGGCAAAGCUUUGCCGGUUUUCAGGUUCCUUAAAACCAACUUACUUGAUAUGGAUGUGGCACUGCCUGAAGAAGCUUUAAGACCAUCGAAAUCUCAUCCAGACCGUAGAAGAGCUUGGCGUGUAUUUGUGAAAUCCGCGCAAAGCAUAUACGAGUUGGUUCAGGCAACAUUUGUGGUAGAAGAUAUGAUUAAGACAGAGUACUUGAAAAAUGAAUGGUGGUACUGGUCUUCUCUUUCAGCGGCUGCUAAAAUCUCGACUCUCUCAGCGUUAUCCGUUCGUAUCUUCUCCCUCGAUGCAGCUAUCAUUUAUGAUAAACCCAUAACCCCAUCAGAUCAUAACGAUGAAACUAAGCCGAUCAUCAGCUUACCAGACCAGAAGUCACAGCCGGUUUCAGAUUCACAAGAAAAAAGCAGCAGAGUAAACAGAAGAUCUGGUAAGAAGAGGAAAGAACCCGAGGGAUCAUAGUUAUUUAUUAAAAACCACUGGAAAAACCUCAUCAGCCCAGCCAGCGGGAAUGUGAACCGGAAAUGUGGAUUUUAUCUUUUCCGGUUUAGUCAAAGUGGAGCCAAUGUGUAUGUGUAGAUAUAGGCAAUGUUUCUAUCUAUCUGGAACCAGACCUGUAAGUUCCGGAUGUUGAGAUCUGUUUUGGUGGAGAGGCCUAAGUCCGGUUUAGAUCUUUC